UUUCUUCGGACUGGACUAUUGAACAAAAUCGCUAGACCUAUAUUAAAAGAUCAACACAAUGAUAUGAUCAAACCAAAAAGCAACGCUGGGAAUACGCAUCAACUUUUGAUUUUUUUGUCUUUACAACAAAUUAUUAAAAAUGACUCAGCAGCUGUUAAGUGCUUUUAUCUUGACGUGUUUAUGUAGUAUCGUCGCAGAUGCAAUGAGUGCAAACUUCACUCUGGAUAAUGACAUUCAGUCCAGUUUCAUCCAGCGGCGGCUCAAGAGUCAGGAGCGCAGAGAGAUGCAGCGCGAGAUCCUCUCCAUCCUCGGGCUGCCUCAACGACCCCGGCCGUUCCUUCACGAGAGACACACCGCAGCUCCUAUGUUCAUGUUGGAUCUUUACAACGCCAUCCUGGAGGAAAGAGAUCAGCGCAGCGGCUAUGUGGACUCUUAUGAACCGGUUUACACCACCCCGGGAGCACCGAUGGUGAGCCAGCAGGACAGCCGCUUCCUAAAUGACGCGGACAUGGUGAUGAGUUUUGUCAAUAUGGUGGAAGCAGACGAUGACCUUCGCCUGUACCAUCAGCAUCGCAGAGAGUUUCUCUUCGACCUCUCGCGCAUCCCGCCUCGAGAAACCGUGACUGCCGCAGAAUUUCGUAUCUACAAGGAUUUUGUACACGAGCGGUAUGAAAACGAGACAUUUAGAGUCAGUGUAUUCCAGGUGCUGCAACAUAAGCCCAAAAGGGAGCUGUACCUUUUGGACUCUAGGGAGGUGUGGGCGGCAGAAGAGGGGUGGCUGGUAUUUGAUCUCACAGUCACCAGUAACCACUGGGUUAUAAACCCGGGUCAGAAUCUGGGCCUGCAGAUCUCUCUGGAGUCUGCACACGGCGAAAGUGUGAACCCUAGAAGAGUGGGACUGGUGGGCAAGAGCGGACCUCAGAACAAACAGCCGUUCAUGGUGGCGUUUUUAAAAGCGCCAGGAGUUCACUAUCGGGGUGUACGUUCGGCAUCUGGAAACAAACAGAGGGGUCACAACCGCUCCAAAAACCACAAAGCUGGUUCUGCACCCAGCCCGGUGGCCCUUAAGACAGCCAUGGAGGGUGCCAGCGUGGACCCCAAACAGGGCUGCAAGAAGCAUGAACUCUAUGUUAGUUUCAGAGACUUGGGAUGGCAGGACUGGAUCAUCGCACCAGAGGGUUACGCCGCAUACUAUUGUGAAGGAGAAUGUGUUUUCCCCCUCAACUCGUAUAUGAACGCCACAAAUCACGCUAUCGUACAGACACUGGUCCAUUUUAUAAACCCAGAAACAGUCCCGAAGCCCUGCUGCGCUCCAACUCAGCUGCACGGAAUCUCUGUAUUAUACUUUGACGACAGCUCCAACGUUAUUUUGAAAAAGUAUCGCAACAUGGUCGUCCGUGCCUGUGGAUGCCACUAAAACACACCUGCUCUUUUCGGGAAAACGAUAAUAGACUGAUUUUCUUGAUCUUCAAGAGCCCAAAGACUCUAAAUGGAGCAAAACUGGACCUCUUUGUCAGCAUUCAACGUUUAAACUCCUUCAUUUGUGGGAAGCUGACCACGGCCGAGGCAACUGUGCGCCGUUCUGGCUUCAGUCGGUGUCCAGACAGGCAACUUUGGAAUAUCAAAGAGGACAUAAGGAGAUUUAACGUGAAUAAACAGGCCUCAGAGACAUGAAAGCAGACUGCUCAGGGAGCACGCACAGCAUUUACACACGCCCCUAAAAAGGGUUUGUUUAGUAACGCCACUUGUACACAUUAUAAAUCAUGUUUUAUAGUUCAGAGUUCAUUAAAGUGAUUAUAAGAAA